AAAUUGAUUUCUCUAUUUUUGUGAAUUCGGUAAAUUAUCAAAAUUAAAGAUUGGAAACAUUGGUUGAAAUGGCGUCCGCAGGAAAGAAGGGCAAAAAGAAUAAAGGAACAGUUAUCUCCUUGCAAUCAUUUCUAUGUAAUUCUGACGCUCCAGUCGGAACAACCCAAGUCUCAAAAAAAAUACGAAAUUUAGAUGGCGAUGAUAGCGAUGAUGGAAGUGGUACAUUGCCGUUGGUUUAUCAGCUUCCAACCGCUCCGAGGGCAAAUCGGAUAUUCGACGAUAAUUCUAUUCCUCAUAAAGCCCCAUUUAUUGCUUAUAUCAAUAAUUUACCAUUUGACGCAAAUGAAGAUGACCUCUACGAGUUCUUUGAAGGUAUUAAUUUAAUAUCUCUGAGACUACCAAGAGAAGAUGGCGAAAAUGGUCGUUCCAGAGGCUUUGGCUAUGUGGAGUUGGAAAAUCGAGAGGAUUUAAUUCAUGUACUUAGCUUGCCAGACCCCUCUAUUAAAGGUCGCCGCAUUCGCAUUGAGCUAUCGAAUGAAAACGACCAGCAAAGCCGCCAAAAAAGUAAUAGGCGGUUUGAUGGUUUUGGAAAUAAUGGAGAUAAUAGGGAUUCCGGAAAUUGGAGGCGAGACAGCCAAAACAACGGCAGUAACUUUGGUUAUUCUUCCAAUUUUGAAAGAAGCUUUAAUAGAGAGAGAAAAUCUUUACCAGAUAGAGAUGAUGUGAACACUCCUGGAUCUUGGCGCACGAGCGCAAGGCCGCAAUCUAUUGAUACUUCCCCUACACGCAGAGAAGUUGAACAAGUAUCUGAAAAAUAUCGCGAAGGUCGAGUCAAAAUAGCAGACAGAUAUUCCCGAGAAGAGACAUCCAAAGUUGAAGAAGAAAGGCCAAAAUUGAAUUUAAAACCAAGAACUUUACCAUUGCCAGAUGUAAAGACAAUUGAAUUCGAAAAAUGUGACGUUGAUGAAUUUAAUUUGGAUAAACAAGGCGGAACUUCAUCAUUAAACGUGUUUGGGUCUGCAAAACCGGUAGAUACAGCAGCAAGGGAGUUGGAGAUUGAGCAAAGAUUGGCUCUCGCUCGAAAACAGGAUAAGGGGCGCAGAGAACAGGGUUUAAAUGAAAAACUUGCCGAGCUCCAGGUGGAUAAAAAUGAUAAUGAAAGUCUAAGUGCAACAGUUAGUUGGCGCACGAAUCAGGACUACAAGGAAAGCGACAAAAUUAAUAAGUGUCCAGGUAACUAAAAUCUAAAUAUUUGUCUGAAUGUAGAAGUGAAUUUUAUCUGACUUGAGUUUUUAAUCUAAUCAAAAAGCAUAAUAAUAAUAAAUAAUCAGAGGAGGAGGAAAUAUACAACGCCACAUAAAAUACAACAAAUUAACAUUUUUCGAAAAUGUGGGAGAAGCCGUAAUUUGGCAAAUAAUCAAUAACGUAUCUCCUAUAUAUUUGGUUUUCACCGUGCACCUACUUUUUGGGUGCCGACAAAAAAUGCGAUGUCUGUAAAUUAUACCAUUGCUUAAAACCCAAACCACAAAAAAUACUGUAUGCGGGCUUACUUAUGCGAGAACACGAUUUUCAAGCUGGAAAUAUUUUAUUUAAAAAAAAAUCAUAAUUAACUUGUAUUAUUCUAUUAAUAAAAUUCGAGUUGCACAAAAUU